AUGAAGCUCCUCGUGGUUCUCGUCGCCGCCGUGUUCACCGCCGGCUGCAAUGCCAACAUCGUGCUCCAGAGUCCGCCCAAACGGCAGGUCGACAUGGUCAAGGAUGCAUUCUGGGACUACGUUGCCAAGGCAACCACCACCGCCGAUGUCUCCCUGAAGCAGAUCAGACAGUCGGAGCUCGGACAGGAGCUCAACUCCCUCGUCGCCUCCAGCAGCGACACCAUCUCCCAGCUCACCGACGCUCUUCGCGCUCAGGUGUCUCCUCUGACCCAGAACCUCGUGGCCACGUUCUCCCAGGAGGCCGAGCAGCUGAAGGCCCGUCUGGAGAAAGACCUGUCGGCCGUCAGCACCAACGCGUACGUCCAGGAGAUGAUGGCGACGCUGCAGAGCAAAGUGGAGGAGCUGAAAAAGGAGGCCGAGACGGUGGACACCGACGCCCUGAAGGAGCUCCUGCUGCAGAGGAGCCAGGAGCUGAAGCUGCAGCUGGACCAGAACGUGGAGCAGCUGCAGACCCAGAUGGUUCCCUACGCCGAGGACAUGAAGCAGAAGGCGCAGCAGAACCUGGACCUCUUCCAGAAGAGGUUCGAGGCCCACCUGGCCCAGAAGACCCAGGAGGUCCGGCAGCGGCUGGCUCCGUACGAGGACGAGCUGAGGGCCAAGCUGACCGCGGAGGGCCAGAACCUGAAGGACAAGCUCACGGCGCUGUGGGAGGCCUUCAGCAAGAUGUCCCAUCUGCUCAUCAUGAGGGCGUUUGCAGUAAUCCUCGCGCUGGCAGUCCUCUCAGCAGGCUGCAGCGCUCGUAGCAUUCCCCCGGAGGGCUUCCUGAACUGGGAGGCUGCAGUCACCAAGUUCAAGGAUUACUACACCGACCUGGACAACAGGGCCAGCGAGGUGCUGAAGGACAUCAAGAGCUCCGAGAUCAGCAGAGAACUGGACACCCUGAUCCAGGACAGCAUGUCGGAGCUGACCAUGUACCGGGACGACCUGCAGACCAAGCUGGCGCCCUACACCCAGGAGGCCGCCGAACGCAUGGGCAAGGACAUGAAGAAGAUGGCCGACAAGCUGGUGGGGCACAUGAGGGACGCCCGGGACCAGAUGGAGAAGUACACGACGGAGCUGCAGACCAUGAUGGAGCAGAACAGCGACGACGUCCGGGUCCGAGUCUCCGCCUACACCCGCAAGAUGAAGAAACGCCUCGGCAAGGACACGCAGGAGAUCAAGAGAUAUGUAAACGAGUAUCUGGAGGAGAUUCAGUCCAGAUCCUCGGAGAACAUGGAGGAGAUGAGGACCCGGCUGGACCCGUACUUCAGUCAGGUGCGAGACAACGCCCAGGCCAAGAUCACCACCCUGAACGAUCUGCUGAAGACGCAGGUGGAGAACAUGAAGAACAAGAUUCAGUCCACGGCCGAGGACAUCAAGGACCGCAUGGAGGACACCACCGAAGACCUGCGAUCCACCGUGAACGAGAAGAUGAAGGAGCUGCGCAACUGGUUCCAGCCUUACGUCGCAAUGUUCAGAGAAUAA